CGUUCCUCUCCAACUCAACAGUCAGUCAGAGACCGUCUGAGCGCGCGCACACUCACACACUGUACCCCUUAACCUUACACACACACACUGUGGCAAACACGCGCGCCCUGAAGCGCACACACAGACCCGCUCUGGCGGACCGGCUCCUGUUUAUUCGCCUCCAACUUGUGUGUUCGCUUCUACUUGUGUCUCUCCGUCUCUUCUUCUCCACCAAUGCGAGGAUUGAGUGACUGCUGUCACUGUUGUUAUCCCGAACUAAGGAGAAGCAGUUUAAGGACCAGACGGGAUGUAAAAUAACCCGCACGACUGAGCAAAACAAGAAGAAAAAGAAGGGAAACAUGGAUAAACGGAGUAAUUCUCUCGGGUUGCCUGCAGCUUUCCUCUACUUUGUAGUUUUGGGAUUUACUGCUGGACAAUUCUUUCCAGGUGGCUGCACAUUUGAAGAGUCGUACAGCAGCUGUGGGUACAGCGUUUCCCUCGGAACCAAUGGAUUUACCUGGGAACAAGUCAACUCCUGGGAAAAACCCACCAUGGACCCUGCCCUGCCUACAGGUUCCUUCAUGGUGGUGAACGCGUCGGGCCGGGCCUCAGGGCAGAAGGCUCACCUUUACAUGCCCACCCUGAAGGAGAAUGACACACACUGCAUCGAUUUCCUGUACUCCCUAUCCAGCCGGGACGGAGCCAGCCCUGGCACGCUCAAUGUCUACAUCAAGGUGAAUGGAGGCGCUCAGGGUAACCCAGUAUGGAACGCCUCUGAUACUGUCACUGAAGGCUGGGUGAAGGCUGAGCUGGCCAUUUCUACAUUCUGGCCAAACUCUUAUCAGGUAAUAUUUGAAGCAGUUUCAGUUCAAGGCCAUCCGGGUUUCAUCGCCAUCGACGACAUACGAGUUCUGGCUCACCCCUGCCGUAAAGCGCCUCACUUCCUGCGUCUGCAGAAUGUGGAGGUGAAUGUGGGUCAGAAUGCUACGUUCCAGUGUACUGCCGGAGGGAAAUGGUCUCAGCACGAUAAACUCUGGCUACAGCAGUGGAACGGUAAGGACACGGCAUUGAUGGUGACCAGGGUGGUGAACCACCGACGUUUCUCCGCAACUGUCAGCGUUGGCGACACAUCGCAACGAAGCACCAGUCGUUACCGCUGUGUCAUCCGAUCCGACGGCGGGUCAGGGGUGUCCAACUACGCCGACCUCAUCGUUAAAGCUCCACCCACCCCAAUUGCUCCACCUGAGCUUCUCACCGUCGGCGCCACUUACCUUUGGAUCAAACCCAACGCCAACAGCAUCAUUGGCGACGGGCCCAUCAUCCUGAAGGAGGUGGAGUACCGGACCACUCUGGGUAACUGGGUGGAGACCCACGUGGUGGACUCCCCAACCUAUAAACUCUGGCAUCUGGACCCAGAUGUGGAGUACGAGAUCAAGGUCCUGCUGUCCAGACCUGGGGAGGGAGGAACAGGGCCGCCAGGGCCGCCGCUCAUCACCCGGACUAAAUGUGCAGAUCCAGUCCAAGGGCCCCAAAAUGUCAACGUGGUGGAUGUCAGAGCCCGUCAGCUGACUAUACAGUGGGAGACGUUUGGGUAUGCUGUGACACGCUGCCACAGCUACAAUCUGACGGUGCAGUACCAGUAUGUUUUUAACCAGCAGGAGUUUGCAGCAGAGGAGUUGAUCCAGACCUCGUCACAUUACACCCUGAGGGGGCUGAGGCCCUUUGUCACGGUUAGACUGCGGCUGGUCCUGGCCAACCCCGAGGGCAGCAAAGAAAGCGAGGAGAUAGUCAAACAGACAGAGGAGGAUGUGCCUGGCUCAGUGCCAAUGGAGUCUCUGCAGAAUACGCCAUAUGAAGAGAAGAUCUUCAUGCAAUGGAAAGCUCCAAACGAGACCAACGGGGCCAUCACACUGUACGAGAUCACGUACAAGGCCCUGAGCUCGUUGGACCCGAGCGCUGAUCUGACAACCCAGAGGGGACGGGUGUUCAAGCUGAAAAAUGAGACCCAUCACCUGUUUGUAGGUCUAUACCCAGGGACCACCUACUUCUUCACCCUCAAAGCCUCCACCAACAAGGGCUUCGGUCCGCCCGUCACCACCCGCAUCACCACCAAGAUAGCAGCCCCCAUGAUGCCAGAGUACGAGUCUGAGGCUCCGCUGAACGAGACAGAGACCACCAUCACUAUCCUGCUGAAGCCCGCCCAGUCACGUGGCGCACCUAUCAGCUCCUACCAGCUAGUUGUGAAGGAGGAGCGCAAGUCCAAGACCCGCCGCGCUGCCUCUGAAGCCCCUGAGUGCUUCUCCGCCCCCAUCAGCUUCCGCAAUGCCUCCGUCUUGGACUCCCCUUAUUACAUCGCUGCUGAACUGCCGCCUUCCAGCCUCACGAUUGUACAACCGUUCACGGUGGGAGACAACAAGAGCUAUGGAGGUUUCUGGAAUCGUCCUCUGUCACCCGCCAAGAGCUACAGCAUCUACUACCAAGCCAUGAGCAGAGCCAACGGGGAAACCAAAAUCAACUGUGUCCGCCUGGCUAACAAAGUGGUAAUAGGUAGGGGACAAAUAACAACGCCGUACAUUCUAGUCAUCCCAAGCGAAGGUGCAUCUACCCAGGACUCAGAUGCAAUGGAGCCGGAGAAGCAGGUGGACAGCACAGUGAAAAUGGCUGGAGUGAUCGCAGGGAUCCUGAUGUUCAUCAUCAUCCUCCUCGGCGUCGUCCUCACCUUCAAACGCAGAGAGAUACACACAUGGAGAACUCUGAGCGUGGGGAAGUUGGCAAAGAAGCAGAAGGAGACCGCCAGCAGCUCCACCCAGCAGAGGGAGAUGGGUCCGGUCACCACGGCUGAUAAGAGCACCACUAAAGUCAGCACCCUGCACAAGGACGACCCCUUUUCCACGUCCACCCAGGACCUCAACGGAUUCACCUCCCCUUCUCCCUGCUCCUUCUCAGUGCAGGGAAGCAAGACGCUGCAGAGCAAAUCCCUGCUGAAUUCCUACUACUCAGUGUCUAAAGAGCCCGUUCCAGCCACGACAUCUAUAGACGGUAGCCAGCCGUCACUCGCCCAGCCCUCUCUGACCCUGCAGAGUUUUCCCUACGGAGGCUGUGAGUCCGUGGAGCUCUCCUACCAGAGUGGCCAGUUCCAGGCAGGCCAGUUUCAGCCUGCUAUUCGAGUAGCAGACCUCCUUCAACACAUCACCCAGAUGAAAUGUGGACAGGGCUAUGGCUUCAAAGAGGAAUAUGAGGCCCUGGCAGAGGGACAGACGGCGCCCUGGGAAACGGCCAAGAAGGAUGAGAACCGCAACAAGAAUCGCUAUGGCAACAUCAUCGCUUACCCCACAGACGAUCACACCAGAGUCCGACUGCAGCUGCUGGACGGAGACCCCCACUCUGACUACAUCAACGCCAAUUACAUUGACGGGUACCACAGACCCAGACAUUAUAUCGCCACACAAGGGCCCAUGCAGGAGACAGUGAGGGAUUUCUGGAGGAUGGUCUGGCAGGAAAACUCGGCUUCUAUCGUCAUGGUUACCAACCUGGUGGAGGUGGGCAGGGUGAAGUGUGUGCGUUAUUGGCCGGAUGAGACCGAGGUUUACGGAGACAUCAAGGUGACCCUGAUAGAAACCGAACCCCUGGCUGAAUACGUCAUACGGACAUUCACCGUCCAAAAGAAGGGUCACCACGAGAUCCGUGAACUGCGUCAGUUCCAUUUCACCAGCUGGCCCGACCACGGCGUUCCCUGUUACGCCACCGGACUGCUUGGCUUCAUACGACAGGUCAAGUUCCUCAACCCACCUGAUGCCGGGCCCAUAGUGGCACAUUGCAGUGCCGGUGCAGGGAGGACGGGCUGUUUCAUUGCUGUGGACAUCAUGUUGGACAUGGCAGAGAAUGAAGGCGUGGUGGACAUUUUCAACUGCAUCCGAGAACUGAGAUCACAACGAGUCAACAUGGUCCAGACAGAGGAGCAGUACGUGUUUGUUCACGAUGCCAUCUUGGAGGCGUGUCUAUGUGGGAAUACAGCCAUACCAGUGUGUGAGUUCAGAGCCAUUUACUACAACAUCAGCAGACUGGACCCACAGACCAACUCCAGCCAGAUUAAAGACGAGUUCCAGACUCUGAACAUAGUGACCCCUAGAGUCCGUCCAGAGGACUGCAGUGUCGGUUUGCUACCCAGGAACCACGACAAGAACCGCAGUAUGGACGUCCUAUCUGCGGACCGAUGCCUGCCUUUCCUCAUAUCUGUGGACGGAGAGAGCUCCAAUUACAUCAACGCUGCAUUAAUGGACAGCCACAAACAGCCAGCGGCCUUCAUUGUUACCCAGCAUCCUUUGCCAAACACCAUGGGCGACUUCUGGAGGCUGGUGUUUGACUACAACUGCUCCUCCAUAGUGAUGCUUAAUGAGAUGGACGCAGCGCAGUUAUGUAUGCAGUACUGGCCAGAAAAGAGCUCGUGUUGCUACGGUCCCAUCCAAGUGGAAUUCAUAUCGGCAGACAUCGAUGAAGAUAUCAUCAACCGGAUCUUCAGGAUCUGCAACAUGGCCAGGCCACAGGACGGUUACCGCCUGGUGCAGCACUUCCAGUUCAUUGGCUGGCCGGCCUAUAGGGACACGCCCCUCUCCAAACGCUCUAUCCUCCAGUUGGUCAGGAGGUUGGCCAAGUGGCAGGAGCAGUACGACGGAGGAGACGGGAGGACCGUGGUGCAUUGCCUUACCGGCGGAGGGCGCUCUGGAACGUUCUGCGCCAUCUGCAGCAUCAACGAGAUGAUCCAGCAGCAGAACAUUGUGGAUGUUUUCCACACCGUCAAGACGCUGAGGAACAACAAGACUAACAUGGUGGAGACUAUGGAGCAGUAUAAGUUCUGCUAUGAAGUGGCUCUGGAGGCGCUCAGCUCCUUCUGAUUGGCUCUGGGCUGAAAAUUCGCUUUUCUGAUUCCCCGUUGACGCUGCCUGUCAUUCUCAACGCAACGCUGGGGCACACAAAGUGCAAAACUGCUUUUUGUUGAUCCAAACCCAACCUGUGAGCCUGUGUGUGUAUGUGUGUGUGUGUGGGUGUAAUGUGUGUGCGUGCGUGAGUGUGUGUUUGAGAGUGUGUGCAUGUGAUUCUACUGUAUGUGAAUAAGAGAAGGCAUGCUUGCAUAUUUGAGUAUGCGCGUGUGUAUCUAUGUGUGUGCCUGGGACAACACACACAAACACACACACACACACACCCUGUACAGCAGAGUAAAAAAGGGACAAACAUACACACUGGUGAUUUUCAUGUGUGUGUUCUCUUCAGCGAGACUGAACUUUAAAUGCUUGUACAAAGAAAAGAAGAAAAAAAACGACAUGUUGAAAAAAAAAAUAUUCUGAUGUUAAAAAAAGCGCCACUUUUCCCUUCUCUCUGUCUCUGUCCUCUCCGCUGGGCUGUGAUGUGACUAUUGUACAGUAUUUCCUUUUUAGAUAUAUUCUACGCCUUGAAUGUUGUCUCCCUGUGGAGGCUGGAUGCACACUGGAAGGUCUUACAUUUAGCUGAAGUCCAAGUGGACUCCAAUAUUAUUUCUAGAAAGUAAACAAGCGUGUUUGGCUAACUUCAGCUAAUAUGUUGUUGAUGUUGCUGUCCAGGAGUCAGUUAGCUGGAUCAAAGCAAAAACCAACACUUAUUGAUAUUUCUGGCAUUUUCCUUUGAAAUCACAAGCUGUUACAUUUCCUUGUGGCCGGAGCCUCUUGAUUGCCUCAAUGUUAAAUCCUAUUUAUACUUGUAAUGGGUUACAAAUGGUUUAUUUUCCUCCAUGUCCAUCAAAGAAGGAUGACUUUCUUUUGCCAGUUUGGCUUUACUGGGAACAAAAUGUUACUAGCUAGUGCAUGCUGAAGAGUAACAGCAUGAAGCAGUCAAAAGAAAAGAGAAUCAUGCCUUGGCCUUAAGACCAAACGUUGGUGUUGUUGUCGUCUCAGCUUCAGGUUUUUUCAUUGGGGCUGUAAGACAAACCUCUUAGAAGUCUUAAAGUGUGCAUCCACCCUCACUGUAAAUAAGAUAAGACAACCACAGUCAAACAAAGAAACAGACAAACAUCAUGCACCUGACGCAUUACAAAUAAAGGUUAUCCCUUCAAAACACUGUUGCUCUUAAAAACUGUCGGUUCCAUUUACAUCGACUUGGUCUUAUAGUUUGGAACAAAGUCUUAUGUUGCUUACCACAAACUGUCUACUGCGACGUGUCCAAAACAUGGAGAUAUAAAUUUUUGCAUGUUGCCACCCACAUCCAGAGCGACUGAAUGAGGAAGCAGAUUGCAACCAAGCGUUCCCCUUAGAAUAAACAUGCCCGCAUUGAUUGAUGGGUACAUGACACCCAACCAGGUCAACUUGCGUUUCGUACUCACAAACGCACUCGCUGAAAAUGCUAAAAAUCCACACGGCCAUUCCAGAUCAAGCAAAAUUUAACUUUUCCCGUCCAGUAGGUUUAUGUGGUUUUGAAUAAUUCUUUGACUUCACACUCCUGAAAGGACAAUGAACAAACUGGGACAGAGUAUUUACUAAAAUAAGGACUCGCCCAUCCAUGUUACCUUCGUCCCUCCUCAACUGUUGGCAGGCAAACGCAAUCGAUAUGUUUUCAGUGAGGUGAAGCUUGUAGUUUUACAGCGUUAGAGCUGCAUUUUGUUGCUUUUUGCUGAUUUGGACUUUAUCUGCGCUGUGAAGAUUGUGUACUUUUCAUUUAGUUCUGCUCAUACCAAGUUUUUUUGCAUCUUGUCUUAAUGUUUAUUUAUUUAAACCCACACAACGUGUGCACAAUGUUUCUCAUUCACUUAAAGAAGCUUUGUUGAGCAGCAUCACCAUGGAAGAAAGGAAAACGCAACAUCUUUGCACAUCUUUCCAAUAUGUAAUGGUGUCAGACAGGCGUAAGUAUCUGAAAUAAGAUAAUGAUAAUGUUUUGACCUUGGUUUGUCUUAAAUAUAAAGUGCGUUACAAAUAAAAUGUAUUAUUAUUAAGCUCAUUUAAAAAUAAUUCAGAAAUGAGUUGCAAGUCAGAAUUUGGGAUAAAUGACUGCAGUGUAAACUUUACCCACUUACAGUAAUUAAAAGAUUUAUUGGAAGAUGAGUUUCUUUGAUUAAGCUCAGAUACAUAAGACAUGCUACGUUUCAUGUAACACAUUCUGGAUGCAUUAGGGUGAAGAAGAAGAAGCCUAGGGAUUAGACCGCCUACCAUCUAGUAUUAAAAUGACAACAAAAAGACAAAGAGACUGGUCGUAUUUAUUUCUCCUCUCCAAACAAAGCAUCACAUUUGCUUUUCCCUAAAACCAUUGA